AUGGCUCCAGAUGCCGAAGGCCGGGAAUGGGUCGGUAGAGUGCCGUUUGACGGCCUCGCGGCGAGGAGUAGGUUUAUCUUAUCGUCAGAUGAAGACAGUGCUAAUAGGUACUCUCGCGAUGCAAUCAAGCUUCGUGCUGCGAAUACCAGACGAAACGAAGCCCAGGCUAGCGAGGAUGGCCACUCGUCAGCCAACGGCAACGAUAGUGCUGGACCUGUCGUGGCCGACAAUCACAGUCCCCAGGACGACCAGAACCCACGCUCUGUGCCAGGACACCACGAAGGUCCGGCAGACCAGGGAGUUAGCCCAGCGGUAGACAGCAGUGCGACGCCCGGCCGGUCUGCUUAUCGCGACGUUUCCUGGUCAUCGAUGUUCAGUCACUUCCUCGACAGUCGUCAGCAAGGCGAACGUAAUCUCGUCGACAAAUGCUCAAUCACCUACUUGGGCGAGUCUUUCCCGCUCGCGCUCGUGCUUGAAGACUUGCAGGAUGGCGGCAGCCUAAGACUACACCACCCUGGGCCUUCACUUGAGGAGAACUCGACGACUCCAGGAACGACUCCAGAUCGAGCGCAUCCGACCCACCUACUCCCAGAGGACAUGAAUUGUCUACUGUCGAAGAAGGCUUUCGACUAUCCUGACCGGGCCGCCUACAAUGCGCUCAUAUCCACCUUCCUUGACAUCGUCUUUCCACUCUAUCCAAUAAUAAACAGAGACGAGUUCAUCAAGCAGUACGAAAAUGACUCACUGCCGUGGCUGUUGCUGCAGUCCAGCUGCUUUGUUGCUGCUACUUUCUGUCCUGAGUCUAUAUUGCACCGCGCUGGCUACACUGGCCGACGACAGGCCCGCUUCUCGUUCUACAGGAAAGCGAAGGCACUUUUCGAUACUGGCUAUGAGAGUAACAAGAUUGUAAUCCUACAGAGCGUUUUCAUGCUCAGCUUCUGGGGUGGUGCUCCGAACACUUACUGGAACUUCUACACCUGGAUCAGCACCGGCGUGACUUUGGCAGAGACACUCGGCAUUCACCGGUCGCUACGAAACACCAACAUGCACCCUAAAGACGCAGCAUUACUGAAGCGACUCUGGUGGGCAUUGAUGAUACGUGAUGCGUUCUGCUCGACUUUAUUGGGACGGCCCUUUCGUAUCAACACGGACAUGGGGGAUGUCGAGAUGCUGACUGUCGAGGACUUUGAAGACUACACACCUGGGCACGGCAGUGUUGGCUACGCACCGAGCAAUGUCUACGGACUGUAUCAGAUUAGCGUGGCGAAGCUCUCCCUCAUCCUCCGUCAGAUUGUGUACACCAGGUGGCUACCAGGACGAAUGAAGAAUUCCUCAGACGUCCUGCAGACCAGCAUCCUCAAUUGGAGAAGAGAGCUUCCUCCUGCAUUGGACUGGGGCCUUGCGGCAUCGCCGGACAACAUGUUCACUCCAACCCUGUCAAUGCUUCAUGAUCAUCACCUCAUCCUCGCUCAUCUCGGAUCUCAGCAAAACGAUGCGACGGGCUCGGCCAUGGUCAUGGAGCAGGCAGCACAGCGUAUCUCCACGGUGGCGUCUUCAAUCGUUGUCCGGUCUCAGUUCCUAAACUAUCCCCACGAAACUUUCCAGGCUCUCUUUCUCGCCGGCGUGGCAUCCUACACCCAGCUGAGGAGCCCACAGCCCACUGUCGCUCAGCUUGGCCGGUCUACGCUCAGCAACUGCAUGAUGGCUCUGCGCAGCGUGUACGACAACUGGGACGCUGCUUCGUGGGUGAUGGAUCUAUUCGAGAAGUUGUCUACAGCUACACCGCAAGCGCCAUCGGCAAAUGGAAGCUCUCGGAGUAACAACGAAGUGCAAGGGCUGGAUUGGCUGGACUUCGAUCCGAACGGCAAUUUGGACCUUGGUAUCGGCAGCCCUUGGCCGUCGAACCCGAUGCUCUCUGCCCUGUUUGACUUUCCGACAGAGUUUGGCAAUAUUGAGCAGUAUGGGGAAGUGCAUACUGGAGCGACACCUGCACCAGGAUGA